UUUUGCCUCCACAGCGACCACAACGUGUGGUGUGUGUAUACGAUGAUCAGCUUUUAUGCUUGGUUUGCAAUCUCGCUACUAGCGUUCACCCACGGUCAAGAAACGGAAGAUGAUCUGAAAUGUCCCGGAGGAUACUGCGUUUCGAAACAUCUUUGUCUCAAUUCCACGUACAGCGAUGAUCCAACACUGGCCCAGAAUACGCAGCUUGUUGGAUUGCGGCUUAAUAUAGAUGAUAUGGACACGUGUGAAGACUAUUUGCUAGUAUGCUGUAAUUCUGUUCCAACUCCCCCAACAUCCACGGCAAAUCCGAGCAGCAGUGAGGAAAUAAUUAUACCACCUCCGUCUACCUUCGCCUGCGGACAGGCUAACGAAAACGGACUGAUUUACGACCUGCAGCAUAAUGACUCGCUGGCACAGUACGCCGAAUUUCCUUGGGUAGUGUACAUACUGACCGAAGCGAAACAAUCUUCCCCAACGGACAGUAAAUUCGUUUGCGGAGGUUCACUGAUCCAUCCACGGCUGGUCGUGACAACGGCUCACAAUACGGAUGGCAAGUCGAACUUAAUUGCACGGUUCGGCGAAUGGGACAUUAGCAGCACGAAUGAACCAUUUGCACAACAGGAAAUACGCGUGCAGGAAGUCAUCAAACAUCCCGAAUAUGUGUACAAUCCGAUACAGAACGAUAUAGCGCUUCUCGUACUGGAGAACAGUGUGCAAUAUCAGCAACACAUACGACCCAUUUGUCUACCCCAGCCGGAUGAUGAUUUCGUUGGCAAACGGUGCAUUUCUAACGGUUGGGGCACCGAACGGGGCGUGUAUGCGAACGUGAUGAAGAAAAUCACGCUUCCAGUAAUUGAGCGCGCCAAGUGCACGCGGAUGCUUCGUUUUGCUGGACUCGGUCCGUACUAUAAUCUUCGGGAAGGUUUCCUGUGUGCCGGUGGGGAAGCUAACGUCGAUACGUGCAAGGGUGACGGUGGAUCACCACUCGCGUGCCAAACCGACAGCGGUACGUUUGUGCUCGGGGGCAUUGUGUCGUGGGGCAUUGGCUGUGGGGGAUACAAUUUACCCGGUGUGUACGUUGCCGUUAACCGAUACGUCAAUUGGAUUAACGAACGCAUUUUGGAACAGACGUUGGAUGCGAUGGAUAUUAAUUUGAAAUUGUAAUACU